UUCCCUUUCAAAGAGUUACAAGUAAUUUAUGCAUCGUUCGCCUUAGGGGUUUUAAGCAAGUGAUUUAACCACCGCAAUUAGCCACUUACAACCUACCAUGAUGGUGUCGACAAAUAUUGACCAGAAAAGGGAUCCAUCUAGCAAUGUAACUAAUGGAGAUACCAAGCCAACUUAUGCUUUGGAACACUUGGCCACGUUUAAAGUUCAACACGAAUCUGACGUACGAAAACCAAAGGAAAAGCUAAAUGUACUAAAGGAUUUGGACAUAUCAGGAGCAAUUUGGCCACAAAAAAUGUAUAUGUCCUUUAGUGGGCAAUGGUUGGUAAUUUUGGAUAGCGAAAUGAAAGAAAUAGAAAAUUUCCCCGGUUCUCUAAUAAAGGAACCGAUGGCAUUUAUCAGCGAGGAUCCUUUGGAGAUCUUCAAUAAUAUUUUAGUUUUCACGGUACCAGGCGUAUCAUUGGGAACAACAGAAAUGCACUUUUUCCAGGCAACGAAUGUAUCUGCUAUACAUAUGGUUGAAGAUUUAAAACAAUUGAGUUCCGGUAAAGUAGUGACAAUUGAUCGAAACUUAACACCCAUCCAAGUACCGAAGCCGGAAAAGACUCCUCAGAAUGCUCGCGAUCAGUAUGGGAUUGCAAUAGCUGCCGCCGAAGUAGCUGCCGAGAAAAAUGCUCAUGACGCCGAGCAAAAUUUGCGGGACACCCAAGUAUUAAAUCAUUGUUUUGAAGAUAUCGAGCGCUUUGUUGCACGUCUAAAAUAUGCUGCAGAGGCUCUACUAGAAUUAGAAUUACGACAUGAAGAGCACAACCCUCAUGGUGAGGGGCUGUUGAUAUUACGGUCGCGGCCUCCAAUUGAAAGCGAGUUUCUUGAUAUCAUUGCUAAACUAAAAUUGGCUCUAAAUUUUGUAGUAAAGCUCAAUAAUCAUUUUUCCAAUGGGACGGAACCUAUUUCUGACCUCUUCAUCUCGUUGCACACGAUUGUCAAUGUUUGUAAUGAUGUACAUGUUGGUGCUAAAAUACCAGAAAAUGUGGUUAACCCACUACUACGUCGUGAAACUAUACAAUUUUUAUCUAAUUGUUUGAAUGCUGCUGAUAUUGAUUUUUGGAGGUCCCUGGGAAAGAAUUGGACUAUGGCGAAGGAGCACUUUAAAGAUCAUAGAGGAUCAUAUCAUCCGAUUUUUUAUGAUGACUGGUCUCCUGACUGGGUGGUUGACGACGAGGUUUCCUAUAUACCACUUCCUAAACCGGAUUCACCAAUAACACCACGAAUUUUAGCAAGUAAUGCCGUUUGGUUGUCCCGCUUACAAUCAAGGAAUGUGAAAAUAGCCGAAGUUGUUUAUAAUAACAAAGCAAAUAAUGAUAGAGAACUUAACGUGGUUAAGGGAGAAUAUCUUGAGGUUAUCAAUGAUUCCCGCAACUGGUGGAAAGUCAGGAAUUCCGCGGGAAAUGUCGGUUAUGCUCCCCACACUGUUCUUAAGGCGCAUAACUUUGAAGUGCAGCCCAACUAUUCCACGAAAGAUACAGAUUCCGUCACAUCAUCUAUUUUGGACAAUGAAACAGCCAAUUUAAAUCAAAACAACAACCAGUUUGUAGAUGCAACAGAACGUGAAACAGUACAAUCAAAAAAUGCAGGGAAGUCAAUGCCACGAUCUUACAGCAUGCCGAACGUGCCCGUACCUCCGCCUAUGCCUCCCACCGAGGAUAGUGAACCCCCAACACCAAGUGGUACUCUAAAACGUAAUACGGCUUCAGCUGGCACUCUAGCAGCAAUGCGUGCUCGCGAAGAAAAUGAGACGAAUGAUGAAUUAUUAAUGUUACAAGGCACAAUAAAUGAGGAAUUGAAAGCAACUCUAUAUCAACGGGAACGACGCAGAGAUCUAGAAAUAUUAACAACUCCAAAUGUUCACAUCAAUCAGUAUUCAUCACCUCAAGAAGUGAAGGAGUGGUUGCAUGCAAAAGGGUUUCCCGCCGUUAUAAUAAACAAGCUCUGCAAACUAAAUGGAGAGGAACUGUUUGCGCUUUCGCCGCAUGUUAUCGAAGGCUAUUUUGGGCAGAAGGAGAGUCGACGCUUAAUUUCGCAGAUAGUCCUACAGAAGAAUAUAUGCGAAUACAAAACGAUUCGUUCUUCAGAAUUAUCUGCCAAACUUGCAAAAGCACGCCAAAAAGCGGACCAGCAAGACAACGAUCUAAAUGAAAUAUUUUAGAUAGAAGUAUAAAGCUUUGUGGGCUACUCGUUCGACAUCCACGUAUUUUAUGUUAUACUUAUAAGUAUACGUUUGUCUUUAUGUAUGUGCAAAUAUUUUGUUCCGCUACAUCUUUCAAUCUGCAAUCAUGAACUCUAUUUAACUUGCUUUAUCUUUAUAAACGUGC